GAAGAUGUCCAUGGAAACUACUUACCAGAAAAAUGUGACCUUUGGUAAGCGGGAGAACCUUCCAUGUAUUGCACCACUACUAACCACAGUGGAGGAGACCCCACAGGUCAUCACUGCUCGAGUCCGAGGACAUUUCCCUGAGUGGCUCAGUGGCUACCUACUUCGAAUUGGACCUGGAAAAUUCGAGUUUGGGAAGGAUAAGUACAAUCACUGGUUUGAUGGAAUGGCUUUACUACAUCAGUUCAGGAUGGAGAAAGGCACAGUGACAUAUAAAAGCAAGUUUCUGCAGAGUGAUACAUAUAAGGCCAACAGUGUCCAUAAUAGAAUUGUGAUCUCAGAAUUUGGUACACUCGCUCUCCCUGAUCCAUGCAAGAAUAUUUUUGAACGUUUCAUGUCAAAGUUUGUGUUGCCUGCAAUAACCGACAACACCAAUGUCAACUUUGUGCGCUACAAGGGUGAUUACUACGUCAGUACUGAGACCAAUUUUAUGAAUAAAGUGGACGUUGAAACCCUGGAAAAAACAGAAAAGGUAGACUGGAGCAAAUUUAUUGCUGUGAAUGGAGCAACUGCACAUCCACAUUACGACCCAGAUGGAACAGCAUACAACAUGGGGAACUCCUAUGGGCCACGUGGUUCUUCUUAUAAUAUUAUUAGGGUUCCUCCAGAGAAGACUGACUUUGGGGAAACAAUCCAUGGAGCCCAGGUGAUAUGUUCUAUUGCUUCUGUAGAGAGGAUGAAACCUUCAUACUACCAUAGUUUUGGAAUGACAAGAAACUACAUAAUCUUCAUUGAACAACCUCUAAAGAUGAACCUGGGGAAAAUCAUCACUUCUAAAAUUCGGGGAAAGGCGUUUUCAGAUGGAAUAAGCUGGGAACCCCAGUAUAAUACACGGUUCCACGUGGUGGAUAAGCACACUGGGCAGCUUCUUCCAGGGAUGUACUAUAGCAAACCUUUUGUUUCAUUUCAUCAAAUCAAUGCCUUUGAGGACCAGAAUUGUAUUGUGAUUGAUUUGUGCUGUCAAGAUAAUGGAAAAAGCCUAGAAGUUUAUCAACUCCAGAAUCUUAGGAAAGCUGGAGGAGGGCUUGAUCAGGCUUAUAAUUCAGUAGCCAGAGCAUUCCCUCGAAGGUUUGUUUUGCCUUUAGAUGUGAGUUUGAAUGCCCAGGAGGGACAGAACCUCAGCCCUUUGUCCUACUCUUCAGCAAGUGCUGUGAAACAGGCGGAUGGAAAGAUUUGGUGUUCUUAUGAAAAUCUGCACACUGAGGAUCUAGAGGCAGAAGGUGGUGUUGAAUUUCCCCAGAUUAACUAUAGCCAAUUCAAUGGCCAAAAGUAUCGUUUCUUCUAUGGCUGUGGUUUUCGGCAUUUGGUGGGGGAUUCGCUUAUCAAGGUCGACGUGGUGAACAAGACACUGAUGAUUUGGAGAAAAGAUGGCUUUUAUCCUUCAGAACCUGUAUUUGUUCCAGUACCUGGAGCUAAUGAAGAAGAUGGUGGGGUUAUUCUUUCUGUGGUGAUCACACCCAACAAGAAUGAAAGUAAUUUUCUUCUCGUCUUGGAUGCUAAGAACUUUGAAGAACUGGGGCGAGCAGAGGUACCAGUGCAAAUGCCAUAUGGGUUCCAUGGCACCUUCAUAACAAUCUGAUGGGACAAUCACAAGGUCUGGGAACUAGGUUUAAAAUGAACAUGCUUUCUACAAAACAGCGAGCAAAAAGAGCACUUUGCCUUAUACACCACAGACUUCUGUUUUUAAAAUUCUUAUUAAAAAGAAUUU